CCGUCUCCUUCCCUCUCUCGUUCUUGCCCUCGCCCUCGCCUUCGCUCCGCUGCUCGCUGCGCAUCCUUCGAAAUCUCGCCACCGCCGACUGGACCGAUCAUGGCUUUGCCGAAUCAGCAGACCGUCGAUUACCCGAGCUUCAAGCUCGUCAUCGUCGGCGACGGAGGCACUGGCAAAACGACUUUCGUGAAGAGGCAUCUCACCGGGGAGUUUGAGAAGAAAUAUGAGCCGACCAUCGGGGUUGAGGUUCAUCCAUUGGAUUUCUUCACGAACUGCGGCAAAAUUCGAUUUUACUGCUGGGAUACUGCCGGGCAGGAAAAGUUUGGUGGUCUAAGAGAUGGAUACUACAUUCAUGGUCAAUGCGCCAUCAUCAUGUUUGACGUUACUGCCAGGUUGACCUAUAAGAACGUCCCUACAUGGCAUCGCGAUCUCUGCAGGGUCUGUGAGAACAUACCCAUUGUUCUGUGUGGAAACAAGGUUGAUGUGAAGAACAGGCAGGUUAAGGCAAAGCAGGUUACAUUCCACCGGAAGAAGAACCUCCAAUACUAUGAGAUAUCUGCCAAAAGCAACUACAAUUUUGAGAAGCCUUUCCUCUAUCUCGCCAGAAAACUUGCUGGGGACCCUAACCUUCACUUUGUGGAGUCUCCUGCUCUUGCUCCUCCGGAAGUACACAUUGACUUGGCUGCCCAGCAACAGCAUGAGGCGGAACUUGCUCAAGCUGCUAGUCAGCCUCUUCCCGACGAUGAUGAUGACGCAUUCGAAUGAAGGCUCUGCCGUUAUAAGGCGGCCUCUUGAAGCUCAUGUUGUGAACCCCUUUUUGUGCAUUGUCAUUUAUUGAAAAAUGAUGGUUUGGUGACAUGCAGAAUGAUGUGAUUGAUCGAGUACCCGAGGAUUUGUAAUAGCUUAUUAGUAGUUCCUUUUCCUUUGCUGCACUUGGUGUGCGAUGUUCUUGUUCAAAAGGAUUUCUAUUUUACGUGCUUGAGCUUCAAUGCGACCGUUCCGGAGUCACUUUGAAUUGAAGUACAUGAUGCUGCAUCCCAUCUGGGUGUUCUGUGUUCAA